UACUAGACUUUUAAGUCUCCAGCACGCGUACCGACGCACACACUGACUGACAGCUCCAUGCAGCUGGAGCUCAGAGGCGCCUCGGCGUGGUUGCACCGGCCGGAGCAGUAGUAGAUCAGUGAGUGCUACAGGUGUUUGAAUCAAUAGAGUCGUGGCGAUGGCCACGACGGCGAGGAAGCUGGUGGUGGAGGUGGUGGAGGCGCGGAACCUGCUGCCCAAGGACGGCAUGGGCACGUCGAGCCCCUACGCGCGCGCCGACUUCGACGGGCAGCGCCGCAAGACACGCACCGUGACGCGGGACCUCAACCCGGCGUGGAACGAGGAGCUCGAGUUCGCCUUCCCGCCCGCCGGCGUCGGCGUCGACCCCGUCGCCGGCGAGCCGCUCGAGGUCUCCGUGCUCCACGACGUGCGCGUGGGGCCCAGUCGGCGGAACAACUUCCUCGGCCGCGUCCGCCUCGACGCGCGCCAGUUCGUGCGCAAGGGCGAGGAAGCGCUCAUCUACUUCCCGCUCGAGAAGAAGAACUUCUUCAGCUGGGUGCGCGGCGACAUCGGACUCAAGGUGUACUACGUCGAUGAGCCGCUCGCGCCGCCAGAGCCAGAGACACCCGCCGCUGGUGACGCCGCUCCUGAUGCCGCGGCAGCGGAAGCAGCAGCACCACCGCCGGCCGAUGCAACGGCUUCUGCUAAUGAGCCGCCGAAAGCAGAGGAGCCGAUGGACGCAGCUCCAACACCACCGCCGGAGGCGGCAGAGGCAGCAGCCGGGGACGUAGCCACCACGGAGAAGCCACCGGAGGUUGAUCCCGCAGCGGCGACCCCUGCGCCGGAAGAUACACCCGUAAUGACGGCAGAGGCGGUAGCAGCAUCGGAGGAGAAGGCGCCCGAAGAAGAGCCGGUGCUAAGCCUACCACCGCAGCCGGCACCAACGCCGAUGCCGCGGCAGGUGUCGAUGCCUGUGCGCCGGCCGCCGCCGCCUCCACCGGAGGAGCCGAUGGAGCGGAGCAAGCACGAUCUGGUGGACAAGAUGCCGUACCUGUUCGUCCGGGUGGUGCGCUCGCGCGGCCUGCCCGCCGGCGCGCACCCGCACGUGCGCGUGGCCGCCGGCGGUCGCCACGCGUCCACGCGAGAGGCGCGCCGCGGCGCCUUCUUCGAGUGGGACCAGACCUUCGCAUUCGUGCGUGACCCGGACACCGAUACGCCAGGCCCCACGCUCGAGAUCUCCGUGUGGGACCUCCCGCCCGACGCUGACGUGUCCAUCGCCGACGACCGCCACUUCCUCGGAGGGCUCUGCUUCGACACCGCCGACGUGCACGCGCGGGAUCCCCCCGACGGGCCGCUCGCCACGCAGUGGUACAGACUCGAGGGCGGGCAACGCCUUGCUGGCGCCGACCUGAUGGUCGCCACGUGGGCUGGAACGCAGGCCGACGAGGCCUUCGCCGAGGCGUGGAAAGCGGACUCCCCGGCGUCAUCCUCGGCCACGACCGCCGCCGCGUCGCGCGCCAAGGUGUACGUCUCGCCCAAGCUCUGGCUCCUGCGCCUCACCGUCAUCGAGGCGCAGGACACGCUCACGGCUCCGCCGCCCCGCGACGCAGGCAUCGCGGUGCGCGCCACGCUGGGCUUCCAGGCGCUCAAGACGCGCACCACGCCAGUAGCACGCAACGGCGGGCCGGCGUGGAACGAGGACCUGUUGUUCGUCGCCGCCGAGCCGUUCAUUGACGACGACUGCCUCGUCAUCUUCCUCGAGGUGCGGCACGGCAAGGAGGCCAUCCCCGUUGGCUCGGCCAGCAUCUCGCUUACCACCAUCGAGCGGCGCAUCGACGACCGGAAGGUGGCGUCCAAGUGGCUCGAUCUCCUCCCGUCCGAUGAGGCGACAAAGAGAGUCGGCAAGAAGGCGGUCAUGCACAUGCACGGCGGCCGGCUGCACGUACGCGUGUGCCUCGACGGCGGCUACCACGUCGCCGACGAGCCGCCGUACGCAAGCAGCGACUUCCGGCCGUCGGCGCGGCAGCUCUGGUGCCCACCCGUCGGCGUCGUGGAGCUCGGCAUCGUAGGGUGCAAGGGCCUCCUUCCGAUGCGCACCGCCGACGGCAAGGGUUGCACGGACGCGUACGUCGUGGCCAAGUACGGACCCAAGUGGGCGCGCACGCGCACCAUCUCCGACAGCUUCGACCCGGCCUGGAACGAGCAGUACACGUGGCCAGUGUACGACUACUGCACCGUGCUCACAGUCGGCGUGUUCGACGACCCGCCGCCGGCCCAGCCCUCGGACGGCGGGAAGGACGCCGCCGCAUGUUCGCGGCCGAUGGGGAAGGUUCGCAUACGGCUGUCCACGCUGGAGAGGGGCCGCGUGUACCGUGGCAUGUACCCGCUCAUAAUGAUGCUGCCCACCGGCGCGAAGCGGAUGGGCGACGUCGAGCUGGCCAUCCGCUUCGCCACGUCUGGGUCGAUCCUCGACGUGCUGCACAUGUACAGCCGGCCGGCGCAGCCGGCGAUGCACCACCUGCGGCCCGUACCGGCCGUGAACCGCGACGCGCUGCGGCUGGCCGCGGCGCGCAUCUCGGCGGCGCACCUGGCGCGGUCGGAGCCGCCGCUGCGGCGCGAGGUGGCGAUGUGGAUGCUGGACGCCGCGGAGCCGCGCGGGUUCAGCAUGCGGAAGCUGCGCGCCAACUGGAACCGCGCAGUGACCGCGCUCUCGUGGGUCGCCGAUGCGGCGCGGUGGGUGGAGCACACGCGGUCGUGGCGCAACCCGACGGCGACCGUGAUGGCGCACGCCGUGCUCGUCCUCCUCGCGUGGCACCCGGGCCUCCUCGUGCCGACGCUCACGCUCCACGUCGCCGCCGUCGGCGUGUGGAAGUACAGGCGCAGGCCGAGCGCCCCGGCGCCGCACCCGUGCGUCCGCGCGUCCAUGGCGGAGGCGCCGGACAGGGAGGAGCUGGACGAGGAGUUCGACACAACACCGAGCGCGAGGCCGCCCGAGGUGGUGCGGGCACGGUACGACCGCGCCAGAAUGGUCGGCGCGCGGCUGCAGGCGAUGGUCGGCGACGUCGCGACGCAGGCGGAGAGACUGCAGGCGCUGGUGUCAUGGCGCGACCCUCGCGCCACCGGGAUCUUCGUCGCGCUGUGCGUCCUCUUGGCCAUGGUGCUGUACGUGGUGCCGAUCAAGAUGGUGGCCGUGGUCGCCGGGUUCUGCUACCUCCGGCACCCGAUGUUCCGGGACCAGAUGCCGGCGCCGGUGAUCAACUUCUUCCGACGGCUACCUUCCAUGUCUGAACGGAUCAUGUAGGACCAUGCAAGCGGUGGCAACGUGGCAUGAGAUUGGCAAUGGAUUGCUGGAGAGACGAGGAAUUUGAAUGGAGUAAUAUGCAGUUGCAGUUGUACUCUGUCGUAGCAACAUGUUAAGUAAUUCUCCUUUAAUUUCUAUGCUAGAACAAAAUAAAGCAGCGUACUUCGUUGUAAAAGAAUUCCUCUUCUUUUUUUUCAGUCCUUCAUUCGCAGUACUAGUAACUUCGAAUGGAAUCCAUUUAACAGUUCAGUGUAAUUGAUGCAUGACUUAAAAUACAUGGAAAUUUAUUGGAAA